CUUCUGGGAUCGCUCUCAGGGGACGAGCGAGACGAGCGAGACACCGCUGGAUUGCCAAUAUGAAGACGGCCUGGAGUCUGGACUUCUGGAUUCCUUUCUUCUCUGCAAAACCUCAUCGUCUCCCAACAGACGUGUCGAGUGGCAAUACAACAAUUGUUGCAUUCACUCGUGUACAGAGUACGCCAUGAACAGUUUCCAUCCAACCUUAUCCGAUAUCGACAUCUCGCCAGCGCGAAUCCUUAUUUCCACUCUCCAAUCAGUGUCCAACACUGACAUCACACUCGUUUGAAGGGCACUGGACAUCAAUUGGGACGACAGCCACCAAUUCUUCCGUUUCCCUCCUAUACUCCAUCCUCCAUCCUCCAUACUCCAUACUCCCCAUUCUACCAAACAGCAUCAGGACGAGCUCCCAACAACAGCACCAUACUCUAAUUUCUUACGCCACUUCCAAAAAAUCCGAUAACAAAGCCGUUGAGCUUCAACGACCUAUAAUUUCUUUUAAUCGAACCCGUGGGGAGACCCUUUGUUCGUUGCCACCACAAGAGGAUCACCAGACGGGAACCUCUUGAGAAAAGAAGAACCCACCGUCAACGCGUCAAUUCCAACCCAAUUCCAACCCAAUUCCAACCGUCAGCCCACAAUGCCUUCUCCAGUCCACGAAGGGGGUCGGGAAGAAUACUCCUUUCCCGCUUUCACUCCCUCUCAACCUCCAAACCAACGCCCGGAGACACAAGAAACACACGAACGACGUUCCUCGGAUGGCGAUGGAACACUCAGAGAAUCUGACGAAAUCGACAACAACCACCUACGCGUCACCACCAGUUACAUGAAGGGCGAUGAUCCAGGACACAACCGGGUUCCCAUGUCCCCUUCCGGUCAGCGAGAGCAGUCCCGUCGAUUGGCAGAUGAUUUGGAAAUGUUGCAAGCCGAACGCAUAGUUUCCAGCACCAAUGAGUCCAAUAACCAUGACGUAAACCGGGCAAGAUCUCGAACGAAUGCUGAACCCAUCGACGAUUUUGAUAUCGGCACUACACCGAUACAUGAGAAGACCAAAGUCUACCAACCACCCGAGAACCCAACCACCAAACUUGCCAAAAUCUUCAAAAAGAUUCACAAUUCAAGUUUCUUGAUUCGAUAUUUCUUCUACAUCGCUCCUCUGGCCUUGCUACUUUUAAGUCCUACCCUUCUGGGUUAUUUUGUCUUCCCGGAUGCACAUGUUGGUCAUGUUAGACUUCUCUGGUUUGGAAUUUGGCUGGAGAUUGUAUGGUUAACCUUAUGGGCUGCUAGAGUAUGUUCUCGUUUGAAUUCUUCGUCGGGAUACUUUACUAAUCUUUGCAGAUCAUUUCAAAGUGUAUUCCCUAUCCCAUGGGAGUGAUUGCCAGUAUUUUCACGAACAACGAAAAGAAAUGGAGAGAUCUUGGCAAGCAACUCGAGCUUCCAGCAACCUUAUUCUUCUGGUGGCUUGCAAUUGAAAUCUCCUUCCUCCCAACCAUGAAGAAUCACCACAUCGAUGGCGACAAAACUACGAGACAAUGGGAAACCGUUGUUAACAAGAUCAUUCUAUCCCUCUUCGUGGCGGCUACCUUGAAUUUCAUCGAGAAAAUCAUUAUUCAGCUUAUUGCCAUUAGUUUCCAUCUCCGAACAUAUGCCGACAGAAUUGAAAUUAACAAGUUUCAAAUUUCGAGCUUGGUUAAGCUCUACAGGUAUUCAAAAGACAAGAUUGCCAUGGAAGAUUCUGAAUUCGAAGAAAAGAAUGUAGCCGGGACUGCUUCAGGGGCACGAACUCCCAUGCAAUACGUUACCAAGGUACAAAAGAAUGCUCGCCAGGUUAUGUCUAAAGUUGGAGACGCCGCUGGAAAAGUGGCUGGAGACUUUACUGGAAAGGCUGUGGCAACCAGUACACACCCACAUCAAGUGUUAGUUGAUAUUCUCCUUUCAACGAUAUAUUCUAACUGACUCUCUCUCAGCAUUCUGACCCUCCUCAAUACCACCACUGGUUCUCAAGUUCUGGCUCGAAGACUCUACCGCACGUUUGUCAAGGAUGAUGAUUCGGAAACUGUACUCUCGGAUGAUUUGAAACCAGCUUUCGAUAACGAUGAAGAAGCAGUAGCAGCAUUUACCAUGUUCGACAAAGAUUUAAACGGAGACAUUUCCAUGGAAGAAUUGGAGGCAGUAUGUGUUGAAAUUGGCAGGGAACGAAAGGCCAUUACUGCAUCACUCAAGGAUUUGGACUCGGUCGUCUCAAAGCUUGACGACAUCUUCCUAUUCAUUGUCGUCAUCAUCACUAUCCUGGUCUUCGUUUCUAUCAUUUCGACAUCCGCGUCCGGUAUCUUGACCUCACUCGGAUCAUCCGUACUUGCUCUUUCCUGGCUCUUCUCUGCAACUGCCCAGGAGUUUUUACAAUCUUGCAUCUUUGUAUUCGUCAAGCAUCCAUUUGAUGUAGGUGACCGGGUAACUAUUUACGGCAAUACUGGAUCUCAGAUGAAGGGUGAUGACUACUUUGUAAAGACCAUCUCAUUGCUCUAUACCGAAUUCAAAAAGAUGGAAGGUCAUGUAGUUCAAGCACCCAACAGUUAUCUCAACACUCUCUUCAUCCUAAAUCAGCGUCGAUCCGGUGGUCUUGCAGAAGCUGUUCCAGUAACAGUAAAAUUCGGCACCACCCUUCAACAAAUCGAUUCUCUGCGCCAACGUCUUCUCGACUUUGUGGGCUCGGAGAACCGCGAAUACCAAAAGAAUAUCCUCACCGAGUUGACCACCAUCUACGAAGCUCAUUCGAUCACGAUCAAUGUCAUCUUCUUCUACAAAUCCAAUUGGCAAAAUGAAUUGUUACGUCUCCAACGUCGCAACAAGUUUAUCUGUGCCAUGAUGGUCACGAUGACGGAGCUUGGUAUGGAAGGACCACGCAUGAGACUAGCAGGUGCUGCACAAGAAUACCCAUUCCACCUCAAUGGUGCGUACCCUCAAGGACCUGCAGCCAACGACCCUCGUUUCCCUGGUAGCGGUCCUGAUUCCGCUUUCGCGCCGCCUACUCAAGCUGAGCCACCUUUUGUCUCUCGUCAAACGUCUUCAGCCCAUGGCUCCUUACCACCUCGAAGCCAACCAUCCAUCCUCCGCUCACGAGCCGACUCCGAUGCUCGCCAUCGCGGCGAAUCACUUGGUCAAAUGUCUAAACGUGUAGAUUUCUCCCUCGGAAUGUCUGGUAUCUCAUCGGGUGAUGUGUACGGCGAUAUCUACGAAGACCGCGCACCCGUCCAUGUCCCUAGAUUCAAUAAUUCUCCACCGCCACCACGACCAUCUACAGGCGGACGAGGUAGCGAAGACAACAACUCCCUAGGCCGAAGCACCAGCCGAGACAGUCAAUUCGGCAAGAUACAUAGUGCUAACAGCGGACGCACACACAUGAAUCGGUUCUUCAACCGCGGAAGAAGUAAGCUUGGCCGCUCAUCAGAAGACGAAGGCACGAACCUCGACGAGCUCGAGGCUGGAACCAGAGAGCGGGAGUUUGCUAUGCAAGCUAUUCCUGAGAGCAAUACUGGUGGAACUUCCCGUUCCAAUAGCCAGAAUUGGGGGCAGGAAGAGCGAUCACCGAUGUUGGAGAACUUUGGUGGUCCCGGAAGGAGUGAUCCAAGGACGGAACACAUUGACCCUCGAACAGGUAUUGUGAGUACGCAGGCGAUGAUGCAGGACGGUGCGAGGGAGAGAGGCGAGUUGCCGUUGGCUAGUCCGCCCAGGAGAGCGAUGACGGAUAUGAGUGGUGGGAGUGGCGAGAAGAAGUUUCAUUGAGUGAAGACAAAUGAUUAAUAGAGUGUAUAUAUGGAUGAGUGGGUUGGCUUUGCUAUAUUAGCGGGAGUUCUUCAUUGCUACAUUUCUGGUCUUGAGGUACAGAAAAAAUACGGCUCACGAAGGGCCUGGAUCAGAAUUUGGUUUGGGCUGUAGGAUUAACUACAUAGACAGGGGGAACGUAUUAAUAGACAGAUACAUAUUUAGAAGACUUUUCUCUUUUUGUUUUAGAAUAUGCCAU